AGACCGUCAUCCUCCGCGGCCAUGUCUUCUGCGCGUGGCACUCCCAGCUCCGCCUCCGCCCCGCCCCAUGAUGCUUUGCGCCUCAAGCGGAAGAGGCGCAAAAUGGCGGCGGAGCGGCAGGUGGCUGCUGGUGGCGGCGCCCGCGGAGGAGGUAGUUGCGGGGCCCCGGGCGCCGCGGCCGGCCCGGAGGAGAACAAGGAGAAUGAGAAGCCGAAGGCGGAUGGCCUCGGUGAUAGCCUGGGCCUGGAGAUACUUCAGAUUGUUAAAGAAUCACAGCAGCAGCAUGGGUUGCGGCAUGGUGAUUUUCAACGAUACAGGGGUUACUGCUCCCGCAGGCUGAGACGGCUCAGAAAAACUCUUAACUUCAAGAUGGGAAAUAGGCACAAGUUUACAGGGAAGAAAGUAACGGAAGAGCUUUUAUCUGAUAACAGGUACUUGCUUUUGAUUCUUAUGGAUGCGGAGAGAGCUUGGAGCUAUGCUAUGCAGCUUAAGGAGGAAGCCAACACAGAACCCCGUAAACGAUUCCACUUGUUAUCUCGCCUGCGCAAAGCUGUAAAACAUGCUGAGGAGCUGGAGCGCCUUUGUGAAAGCAACCGUGUGGAUGCCAAGACCAAGCUGGAAGCUCAGGCAUAUACGUCUUACCUCACAGGUAUGCUCCGUUUUGAGCACCAGGAAUGGAAAGCCGCCAUGGAGGCUUUUAAUAAAUGCAAAACCAUAUAUGAAAAACUGGCAAGUGCUUUCACAGAGGAGCAGGCUGUACUAUAUAAUCAGCGAGUGGAGGAGAUCUCACCCAACAUUCGUUACUGUGCCUAUAACAUUGGUGACCAGUCGGCUAUUAGUGAGUUAAUGCAAAUGAGGCUGAGAUCUGGAGGUACUGAAGGGCUUCUUGCUGAAAAACUGGAGGCGCUCAUCACCCAGACUCGAGCAAAGCAGGCGGCCACUAUGAGUGAGGUGGAAUGGAGGGGAAGAACUGUGCCAGUAAAGAUAGACAAAGUGAGGAUCUUCCUGCUUGGACUGGCAGAUACUGAAGCAGCUAUUGCUCAGGCAGAAGAAGAAGAAACUAAAGAACGCUUGUUUGAGUCUUUACUGAGUGAGUGCCGAGAUGCAAUACAGGCUGUUCGUGAGGAACUGAAACCAGACCAGAAGCAAAGAGAUCAUUCUUUGGAAGUGGAUUCUGGGAAAGUCACAAACAUCCAGUACUUGCACAGUUACCUGACUUACAUCAAGCUGUCCACAGCGAUCAAGCGCAAUGAGAGUAUGGCGAAAGCUUUGCAGAAGGCAUUACUGCAGCAGCAGCAGCUAGAGGAAGAUGGCAAGCGUACCGCUCGGCCUCAGGACUUGAUACGCCUAUAUGACAUAAUCUUACAGAAUUUAGCAGACUUGCAGCAACUUCCAGGACUAGAAGAGGAUAAAAGCUUCUUAAAGGAAAUAGGAAUAAAGACGCUGGUGUAUAAGGCUUACAGGUGUUUUUUCAUUGCACAGUCAUAUGUUCUGGUGAAGAAGUGGAGUGAAGCCCUUGUUUUGUAUGAUCGAGUUCUGAAAUAUGCCAAUGAAGUACAAGCUCAAGCUGGAACUUAUAAAAACAGCUUAAAGGAGCUGCCUGAUGUCCAAGAGCUGAUUACCCAGGUAAAUGCAGAGAAAUACUCCUUGCAAGCAGCUGCCAUAUUAGAUGCAGAAGAUGCCCCUGAGGUUGAGUCCCCAUCCCAGGUCAAGGAUGGCAAGCCACUUUCAGAACGGUUAGAGACUUUCUGUCUGGAUUCUUCUCUGGUCAGCAAGCAAGCCAGUCUGGUGCAUUUUCCUCCAGAAUUUCAACCAAUACCAUGCAAGCCUUUGUUCUUUGAUCUGGCCCUCAACCAUGUCACUUUCCCGCCCCUGGAGGACAAAGUAGAACAGAAAGCAAAGAGCGGUCUUACAGGAUAUAUCAAGGGCAUCUUUGGGUUCCGAAGUUAACCAGGGCAUUUCUCAAGAAGAAGAAUGCUGUUCUUUCUGGACUUUGGGGGAAACUCCAGCAAAUUUAGACCUUAACCGUUUGUGUCUGAAAUCCAUAUGGGAGGUUUUUAAUAUCUUUCUGACAUUCUCUCUUUGUCUGUACAUCUGAUUUAGUAGAAGCUUUCCAAACUAAAACAUACAUAAUUCAUCCGGUUGGUCUUCUACAGCACUUGAAACUGAUGGAAAUUUUAUCCUACUUUCUUGAAAUAGCUAGAAUCUGAAACCACUUCUACUCUGUGGUUUAGGCUGAAUCAAUACCCAUUAAAUGUGGCCUGGGCCAAUCCUUAUUUUCUUUCAGUAGUUGAAACUAUACGCUUAUUUUUAGAAAGCUAGCCUAUCUUGAACAGGAUAGAACAGAAGGGUACUAAAGUACAGGUCUGCAGUUGGGUUGCAAAAGCAAGGUGUAAACCCCAGAUUUAAAUAGAACAUUCUACUGUCUGCAGCUUUGACUUUAAAAAGUGCAAGAGAGGGGAAGGUUAUGUUUCAGAUGCUUUAGAGCCCUUGUAUAAUAAAAUUCAGAAGCGGCUGUCUAAAAUCUCUGACGAUAAAGUGAGUUGAGUAUUUGCUUUUUAAUGGUGUAAUUUUUCUGCUCUUGAAGCACCUCUGAACAGGAAUCUCUGGGAAUCUACCUGAAAAGCCUUUGGCUUCAGAGAGAACAAAUUAUUAUUCGGUUUACAGAUUCUGUGUUUCUUUUAUCUAUGUAUAACUUAGGUGUAAUUGGUAUAUAUUGGGAGUUUCUUUUUUAUUAACUCUUUUCAUUCUUUCUAGCAUUACAUUUAGUAAUUUUAAGGAAUCAGAAGGAUAGAUUAGUAAACUGAACUAGUGAAAUCCUAAGCAAUAAAGAUUGUUGCCACGUGUUCAUGGGUGCAUUUUCUGGGAGAGAGCUUUUAACAGUGCUGUGGAAAUCCAGCCUUCUUGUCAGCGUCAUGUUUUCAAAACUAUGAAUAGGCACAGUCAUUCAAAAUAUUCGUGAAUCUAAACUGUAUUAGGGACUUCUCCAUGAGUUCUGCUACUUGUCUUAAAAUAUUUUUCCUAUUUAGCCUAACGUAUUUGCUGGAUCAGAAAGUCCUUAGUUGUAUUUCUGUUACGCCAGUGUCCAGUUUUGCUGUAUUUUCUUCUUGAUGUUGUUGGAAAUAGUAGAAAAACUGGAUUGAUCCAUUUGAAAAUAAUUCAGCAAAUGAUGCAUCUCAGUCCCUGAGUUAGCCAGCUGCAGAUAAUAAUAGUUUUCAGAUAAACAUGGAAUUUCAUUAUACCAAAAUUAUUGGAUUCAUUUAUUUUACAUCCAAAGACAGCCUCUUUUAGAGGAGUGCGAUAGUGCCGCAUUUGUUUUAAAACAUGUCUGUGAAUUGGGCUUUCUAAUCUGCUUUGCAGAAGGGGCAUUUUACAGAAGCAAAAGAUUUUUUUUUUUAAUUUACACACGUAUGAGGCCUACUAAGCCAAUGACUUCUGGAUUCUGUUGAAGACUAAUUGCAAACAAGAAAUCUUGUCAAGAGACUGUCCAGUUUUCUUUCUGGGCACAUGCCUAUUAGUGUUUUGUUUGAUUGUAUUUUGCUCCAGACUGCUUUCUCCUUCUUUCAGACUGAAUUAAAUCUGAGAACUCUGUUCCUCUUAUGGAUGCUA